GACUUGUUCGUGCCACACGAGUUUGAAAUACUAAUUCGUAAAAAGUACAUUGUCAAUUUUACAGAAAUUCAGGAUGUUCUUGCCUUCGAACAUGCGAUGGAAGUAAAGUUUGCUGACGGCAAAUCAAUAACGUUUGAGGAUUGCUGGCUUCGGGAUCAUUGUAGGUGUUCCAGCUGCUACCACGCUGCAACGUUCCAGAGAGCUAAGCAUAUACUAGAUAUCCCAGAAGUUUUUAUAUUCGAAGUUCAAUUUGAGAAAACACACAUUCUUAUUACUUGGGAAGACGAUCACCGGUCAGUUUUUCAAGCAGACUUUUUAAUAGAGUGCGAUUUCAAUACUUGGACAGAGAACCGUCGUCUUAAGCCUGUUCUAUGGAGUGGAAACACAGUUGCGGAGAAGGUGGCCAGACUUGAUAUUGACAAGUUUUUGAAUUCUGUGGAUGGUGCCAAAAGCGUAUUUAAAUCGCUAUUGGAUUAUGGGAUAGCUUUUAUUGAAGGAGUGAGUAUAAAAAAUAUAACGACAUGCAAUAGUUAGCCUAUAACCG